GGAGGCGGAGGUGCUGCGAGCGGUGGGGAGCACGUGGGCGGACACGCAGGGACUGCCCGCGCGAAUGGCUUCGACCGCACGCGCCCCACCCCACAUUUCACAGUCGCCAUGGCGACCGGGAGGUCCGCAACGGCUGCGGGGACAAGUCCGUUGAGGCUGCCAGGCGAGUCAGGCCUUUCUGAACCUCGCCCGACUCGCCUGGCUGUGCCUGAAAUUGACCCAGCUCCACCAGGGAUUAUGAGAAAACAAGGAGUAAGCUCAAAGCCGCUACAAUCUUCCCGCCCCAGCCAGCCUAAGCGGCGGCGCGGGGCCUCCCCCGCCCGGGAGCCGGAGGUGGAGGAGGAGGUGGGAAGGUCGGCGCUAUGCGGCCGGAACCUGCCAAGGGGCGCCAGGAGGUCCUCCCCGCGGAGGAUCCGAAAUCUGAAAGCGCGAAAAGGCUUGGAGCUGGAGGUGAUGGCCAACACAUUUCUUCUCGGCCCCUUCCAGUUCGUCCAUAAUUUCCUGGCGCAGCUCCGGGAAAAGGUGCACGAACUGCAGGCGCGGCGGUUCUCCACCAGGACCACUCUCGGCAUCGCCGUCUUUGUGGCAAUUUUACAUUGGUUACAUUUAGUAACACUUUUUGAAAAUGAUCGUCAUUUCUCUCACCUCUCAUCUUUGGAACGGGAGAUGACUUUUCGCACUGAAAUGGGACUUUAUUAUUCCUACUUCAAGACCAUUAUUGAAGCACCUUCAUUUUUGGAAGGACUGUGGAUGAUUAUGAAUGACAGGCUUACUGAAUAUCCUCUUGUAAUUAAUACAGUAAAACGCUUCCAUCUUUAUCCAGAGGUAGUCAUAGCCUCCUGGUAUCGCACAUUCAUGGGAAUAAUGAAUUUAUUUGGACUAGAAACUAAGACCUGCUGGAAUGUCACCAGAAUAGAACCUCUUAAUGAAGUUCAAAGCUGUGAAGGAUUGGGAGAUCCUGCUUGCUUUUAUGUUGGUGUAAUCUUUAUUUUAAAUGGACUAAUGAUGGGAUUGUUCUUCAUGUAUGGAGCAUACCUGAGUGGGACUCAACUAGGAGGUGUUAUUACAGUACUGUGCUUCUUUUUCAACCAUGGAGAGGCCACCCGUGUGAUGUGGACACCACCUCUCCGUGAAAGUUUUUCCUAUCCAUUCCUUGUACUUCAGAUGUAUAUUUUAACUUUGAUUCUCAGGACCUCGAGCUAUGAUAGAAGGCCCUUCGUUGCACUCUGUCUUUCCAAUGUGGCUUUUAUGCUUCCCUGGCAAUUUGCUCAGUUUAUACUUUUUACACAGAUAGCAUCAUUAUUUCCCAUGUAUGUUGUGGGAUACAUUGAACCAAGCAAAUUUCAGAAGAUCAUUUAUGUGAACAUGAUUUCAGUUAUUCUUAGUUUCAUUUUGAUGUUUGGAAAUUCAAUGUACUUAUCUUCUUAUUAUUCUUCAUCUUUAUUAAUGACGUGGGCAAUAAUUCUAAAGAGAAAUGAAAUUCUAAAACUGGGAGUAUCUAAACUUAACUUUUGGCUAAUUCAAGGUAGUGCCUGGUGGUUUGGAACAAUCAUUUUGAAAUUUCUGACAUCCAAAAUCUUAGGCGUUUCAGACCACAUUCGCCUGAGUGAUCUUAUAGCAGCCAGAAUCUUAAGGUAUACAGAUUUUGAUACUUUAAUAUACACCUGUGCUCCUGAAUUUGACUUCAUGGAAAAAGCGACUCCGCUGAGAUACACAAAGACAUUAUUGCUUCCAGUUGUUAUGGUGAUUACAUGUUUUAUCUUUAAAAAGGUAUUUUUAAACAAAUUAUUAUUUGUUUGUGGCAUCAAUAUAAGGACUAUAAUAAUGCAAAUUGCUCAGAAUUCCAUAACAGUUUUGGAUGGUUUUAGUAAUGUCACUAGCAUAAGCAGAUGCCAGCAAAAUAUAAUAUUUUUGUUUUAUUCUAGAAAACAGCUCCUUGAACACGGUGAGCUGGCUUUUCACACAUUGCAGUUGUUAGCGUUUACUGCCCUUGCCAUUUUAAUUAUGAGGCUAAAGCUGUUUUUGACGCCGCACAUGUGUGUUAUGGCUUCCUUGAUAUGCUCUCGACAGCUCUUUGGCUGGCUUUUUCGCAGAGUUCGUUUUGAGAAUGUUAUCUUUGGCAUUUUAACAGUGAUGUCAAUACAAGGUUAUGCAAACCUCCAUAAUCAAUGGAACAUAAUAGGAGAAUUUAAUAAUUUGCCUCAGGAAGAACUUUUACAGUGGAUCAAAUACAAUACCACACCAGAUGCCGUCUUCGCAGGUGCCAUGCCUACAAUGGCAAGUGUCAAGUUGUCUACACUUCAUCCCAUUGUGAAUCAUCCACAUUACGAAGAUGCAGACCUGAGGGCCCGGACAAAAAUAGUUUAUUCUACAUAUAGUCGAAAAUCUGCCAAAGAAGUAAGAGAUAAAUUGUCAGAGUUACAUGUGAAUUACUAUGUUUUAGAAGAGGCAUGGUGUGUUGUGAGAACUAAGCCUGGUUGCAGUAUGCUUGAAAUCUGGGAUGUGGAAGACCCUUCCAAUGCAGCGAACCCUCCCUUAUGUAGCGUCCUGCUCGAAGAUGCGAGGCCUUACUUCACCACAGUAUUUCAGAAUAGUGUGUACAGAGUAUUGAAGGUUAACUGAGAAGGAAACUACCCAUUACACUAUGGUACAAUGCCAUGUGUCAAAAACAAUCACCCUUUGGCUUGUUUACAUUAAUAAAUAUCACAAGCUUUAAUAACAGACACUUAAAAUAAGAUAAAAAUGGAUUGAAAGUUUUUCUGAUUACUAAAAGGUAAAUUACUUUUCUAUUCAUUGAAUGUCAGCCUUAUUAAGCUUGUCAUAUACAUUAUGAAAUCAUUCAUGUCAUACUGCAUAAACGUUCAUUUCAGAGUUUUAAAGUGAAAUGUAUAUAAAAGAACAAUGAAUUUUAAUAAAUCAAGGGUAUGUAAGUCCUUUUUCAUCCAACUAGGUGAAUUGCUUCAGAUAUUCUCUAGUACCAGAGUGUACCCGCUCAAGCUCUUUGAACCACUUAGGGCAGAAGAAUCAAGCUCUGAAAUGAUAUCCUUAAGAUGCUGAUGCUGGUCACAACCUCUUUACCUCUGUGAGGAAAUUGUAACAUGUGUCUUUUAAGGUGUUUUUAUUUUACCAGCCCUUAAGAAAGAUCUCUAAUACCUUUUAAUGCUUUUUUUAUGUAUAUAUAAUUUCAAGUUGAAAUGUUUUUAAAAACACCUUGUUUUGUAAUGGUUUGACUCUCUUGAGAUGUAUUUACCCCACUAGAUACAUAUUUGCCACUGGCUAGUUCUCCAUCUAAGCUCAAGAGGUUAUUCAUCUCUCUUUAGAUUCCAGUGGUUUUUCUUUUAACAUCCAGGUAAAAUAGUUACUAUAGCAAAAAAUUGCUAUAGUAUACAACCAAAUUUUGGAGUUAAACAUAAUCAGAAAAGAAAAUCCAGUUAAAUUUAUCAAGUGAGAUUUUCAGAUCCUAGAUCUUGAAUAAAGCAAAGGUCUUUUCAUCUUGAUGGCCCCAAAGCUUGUUGGUCAUGGUCUUUAUUCCUGGCCACUGUCUUCUUAAAUAAUAUAUUUUAAGCCCUCAUUUGUUUUUGGUUUUGGAUGAGGAAAGUCAUGUUCUCUAAGUCCUCUCCCCUAAUAAAACCUUCCCAACAAUAGUGCUUUGAAAAGUGGUAAAUAGUUAUCUUGAAGAUACUCUUGCCAAAUGCAAAGAUAAACAUUCUUUUUGUCUGCUUUAUAAAUAUGAAAUAUGCCAGAUCUAUAGUAUUUUAAUGUGCAUCUACUUUAAAUGAGUCAUCUUGGGGUUUUUAUAAUUCCCUUACAUUCUUGCCCCUCUGUACUUGAAAUAACAAAAUGCCUUAAUUGUAUAGAUGAGUUCUCUUACAAUAGACAGGCAGUUAUAUGCAGCAAAACCAAUAAAGUUAUUUUUCAACUUUCACAGUUGUAAAAUAUUUUAUAACAGGAUGCAAAACAGCUAAGAAAACAUGCCACAUUUUAUUUAUUUUAGCAUUUUCAAAUAAUUUGUUUUUGGUAUAAGCACAGGAUAAAAAAGGAAAGCGUCAAAGAAAAGAGACAUAACACUUAACAUUCAUAAAAAUUAACAAAGUAUAUUUUGGAUGAUGUUUUCACAGGAAAUAUUUUAAAUAAGUUGGUAGAAUUUUUAAAAUGGUACUGUAUUAGCUAAUAAAACAUUCAGUACAAAUAUAUGUUUGGAUUUAUGCAUUAAAAACUAAUAAAAUUAUUUUCAACUUUU